AUGCCUGAUAUUCUGGUCCUUGGAGCAACAGGCUUCACGGGCCGUCUUGUCACGCGCUACUUGGCAAGCCAUCCCGCGCGUUCCUCAUUUACCUUCGCUAUUGCCGCACGCUCGAAGUCCAAGCUUGACGAACUCAAACGCAACCUCCAACUUGAUGACGCAAUACGUGUACUACAAGUAGACGUAACGCAGCCCACACAGGUCGAAGAUGCCGUCAAAAGCGCUAGAGUCGUGAUCAACACGGUUGGUCCCUUCUGGAAGUGGGGAGACCCGGUGGUUAGGGCAUGUGCUCUCAAUGGACGACACUACGUCGACCUUGCUGGAGAGACACACUGGAUUCGCAGAAUGAUUUGGAAAUACGACUAUGUAGCCACCAAGAACAAUGCAAUCAUCAUCCCAUGUUGUGGCUUCGACUCCGUGCCUGCCGACCUCCUCGUCCUCCUCGCGAACAACGUGCUCAAAGAUACCGUAGGCCCACAGGCAGAGCUCGGCCGCUCGCUCACAGUAUACAAGAUGAAGGGCGGUCUGUCGGGCGGAACAUUUUCGACCAUCAUGACAGUCACGGAAAUACCCCCGGAUGAGAUUCGGCUGUCUAUGGAGGACUAUAGUCUCGCCCCAGGCAUCCGCGGUGCUCCCACUCCAGGCCCGAAGCUCUUCCACAGGGUGCCGCUCACGUCGCCGCGGCGCUACGCGAUGCCAUGGUUCAUGGGGGGCACGAACCGCGCAGUUGCCCAACGCACAUGGGGCCUGCAUGCGCUCGCAGCACGGGCGGGAAAUGCGCAGGACGAUGCGGCGCGACGUGUGUAUGGACCCCGGUUCACGUACGACGAGGGACUCCAGCCAGGGGGGAUCUCGAGUUUCCUACCCGUGCUGCUAAUGAGCGUAGUGUAUUAUUUGAGCUUGGCUGCGUUCUUCUUCCUUCCGCCGGUUCGCUGGGUGGUAAAGCAUCUCGCCCCGGCGUCAGGAGAGGGCCCCUCCGAAGAAGAUAUGAAGAACGGCUGGUUUGAAGCGACCAAUUACACUGCAUCUGCGCCUCGGGCAGGUGAGCCGGAGGUCCACGUCAAAACUGUUAUGCGGGGUAGUGGAGAUCCCGGUUACGAGCUGACCUCAGUAAUGAUCGGCGAGUCUGCGCUAGCGAUUCUACUCGACAAGGCGUCGCUGCCGGCGCUCGCGAAUCAAGGUGGAAUUCUCACGCCCGCGAGCGCGCUCGGUGAGGUGUUAGUGCGGCGGCUGGAGGCUACAGGGCGUGUACAGUUUGAAAGUACGGUAGUUCGGCCAGGAGACACUGAGGAGUCGCGUAAGGCGCGAUGA